CUGGGCGGCCGGGGAAACUGGCCGUUUCAUGAAUUAUGCAGAAGCGGCGUGUCUCUGCCAGGCUAGGGCUGGGUGGGGAUUGGCUGGAGGGGCUGUAAUUCAGCGGUUUCCGGAGCAGCCGCGGCGUAGACGGGGAGGGGGAGUCUGGGGUUCCGACGUCGCCGCGGAGCGAGCGAGCCCGAACCGGAUCCUUGACGAGCUGCCGUGCUCGGCGCUCUCUCUCCGUGUCUGCCAGGAGAGGCCCCGCGGCCUGAGGGAGCCCCGCGGCCCGCACCCCGGCGCAAGCGCAGCCCCGGCCUAUCGGGCCUGAGCCCGAGAAACAGUUGGGACCCCGAUUGCCACAGGAUGGCCCAAUGGAAUCAGCUACAGCAGCUCGACACGAGGUACCUGGAGCAGCUUCAUCAGCUGUAUAGUGACAGCUUCCCGAUGGAGCUGCGACAGUUUCUGGCCCCUUGGAUUGAGAGUCAAGACUGGGCAUAUGCAGCCAGCAAAGAAUCACAUGCGACUUUGGUGUUUCAUAAUCUCUUGGGUGAGAUUGACCAGCAGUACAGCCGUUUCCUACAGGAGUCAAAUGUUCUCUAUCAGCACAAUCUACGGAGAAUCAAGCAGUUCCUUCAGAGCAGAUACCUGGAGAAGCCAAUGGAGAUUGCCCGAAUCGUGGCCCGGUGCCUGUGGGAAGAGUCCCGCCUGCUCCAAACUGCAGCCACUGCGGCCCAGCAAGGGGGCCAGGCCAACCACCCCACAGCCGCCGUGGUGACGGAGAAGCAGCAGAUGCUGGAGCAGCACCUACAGGAUGUUCGGAAGCGAGUACAGGAUCUAGAACAGAAAAUGAAAGUGGUCGAGAAUCUCCAGGAUGACUUUGAUUUCAACUAUAAAACCCUCAAGAGUCAAGGAGACAUGCCGGAUCUGAAUGGGAACAACCAGUCAGUGACCAGGCAGAAGAUGCAGCAGCUGGAGCAGAUGCUCACCGCGCUGGACCAGAUGCGGCGCAACAUCGUGAGUGAGUUGGCGGGGCUGUUGUCAGCGAUGGAGUAUGUGCAGAAAACGCUCACCGACGAAGAGCUGGCUGACUGGAAGAGGCGGCAACAGAUUGCGUGCAUUGGAGGCCCUCCCAACAUCUGCCUAGAUCGCCUAGAAAACUGGAUAACCUCAUUAGCAGAAUCUCAACUUCAGACCCGCCAACAAAUUAAAAAACUGGAGGAGUUGCAGCAAAAAGUGUCCUACAAAGGGGAUCCCAUUGUACAGCACCGGCCAAUGCUGGAGGAGAGGAUUGUAGAGCUGUUUAGAAACUUAAUGAAAAGUGCCUUCGUGGUGGAGCGGCAGCCCUGCAUGCCCAUGCAUCCCGACCGGCCGUUAGUCAUCAAGACUGGAGUCCAGUUCACUACCAAAGUCAGAUUGCUGGUCAAAUUCCCCGAGUUAAAUUAUCAGCUUAAAAUUAAAGUGUGCAUUGACAAAGACUCCGGGGAUGUUGCAGCUCUCAGAGGAUCCCGGAAAUUUAACAUUCUGGGCACAAACACGAAAGUGAUGAACAUGGAAGAGUCCAACAACGGCAGCCUGUCUGCAGAAUUCAAACACCUGACCCUGAGAGAGCAAAGAUGUGGUAAUGGGGGCCGAGCCAAUUGUGACGCCUCCCUGAUUGUCACCGAGGAGCUGCACCUGAUCACCUUUGAGACUGAGGUGUAUCACCAAGGCCUCAAGAUUGACCUUGAGACCCACUCCUUGCCAGUUGUGGUGAUCUCCAACAUCUGUCAGAUGCCAAAUGCCUGGGCAUCAAUUCUGUGGUAUAACAUGCUGACCAACAACCCCAAGAACGUGAACUUUUUCACCAAGCCCCCGAUUGGCACCUGGGAUCAAGUGGCCGAGGUGCUGAGCUGGCAGUUCUCCUCCACCACAAAGCGAGGGCUGAGCAUCGAGCAGUUGACUACGCUGGCAGAGAAACUCUUAGGACCUGGUGUGAACUAUUCAGGGUGUCAGAUUACGUGGGCUAAAUUUUGCAAAGAAAACAUGGCUGGCAAAGGCUUCUCCUUCUGGGUUUGGCUAGACAAUAUCAUUGACCUUGUGAAAAAGUACAUCCUGGCUCUUUGGAAUGAAGGGUACAUAAUGGGUUUUAUCAGUAAGGAACGGGAGCGGGCCAUCUUGAGCACCAAGCCCCCAGGCACCUUUCUGCUACGAUUCAGUGAGAGCAGCAAAGAAGGAGGUGUCACCUUCACUUGGGUGGAGAAGGACAUCAGCGGUAAGACCCAGAUCCAGUCAGUGGAACCAUAUACCAAGCAGCAGCUGAACAACAUGUCGUUUGCUGAAAUCAUCAUGGGCUAUAAGAUCAUGGAUGCUACCAACAUCCUGGUGUCUCCGCUGGUCUAUCUCUACCCUGACAUUCCUAAGGAGGAGGCAUUUGGAAAGUACUGUAGACCAGAGAGCCAGGAGCAUCCUGAAGCUGACCCAGGUAGUGCUGCCCCAUACCUGAAGACCAAGUUUAUCUGUGUGACACCAACGACGUGCAGCAAUACCAUUGACCUGCCGAUGUCCCCCCGCACUUUAGAUUCAUUGAUGCAGUUUGGAAAUAAUGGUGAAGGUGCUGAGCCCUCAGCAGGAGGGCAGUUCGAGUCCCUCACGUUCGACAUGGAGUUGACCUCAGAGUGCGCUACCUCCCCGAUGUGAGGAGCGGCAGGCUGAAGCUGCAGAGAGCGAGGACGGAGGCACCUCCCUGUGUUCUACCACCCCUUACACAGCCAACCCCCAGAUCGUCUGAGACUCCUCUCACUUUGUGCUUCCAGAUUUUUUUUUAAUCUCCUACUUCUGCUAUCUUUGAGUAAUCUGGGCACUUUUAAAAAUAGAGAAAUGAGUGAAUGUGGGUGAUAUGCUUUUACCUAAAUGCAAAUAAGAAUGUGUUCUCUGAGACUGUGACCGGGGGAUGUGGAAGGGGUGGCAAGAGCGAGAAAAACGAAAUGUUCUGGUCUUUUCUGGCUCCCCGGCCUUCCUUUCUCAGCAGCUCGUGUUGUCCUUAGACAAGUGCCUCCUGGUGCCCGCGCAUCCCUCUGCCUGUCUCUGUAAACUCACACCACAGGCUGCCUCUAGCUACAUUCCUCCUGGCAUUGCACUUUUAACCCUGCUAACAACCAAAUAGAAGAUAGGACUUUCACAGCCCCUAAGUUUCUUUUUAAAUU